AUGUCACUUGUAAAAUUAAUCCAUAUCAUCGGGCGUCUGAAGACUUGCCUUUGGCAUGUUGGUGGCAGGCAUGGCAGACAAAAAGAGAAAAAGGAAAUGUGUAUUCUUUGUAACCCUGGGAGGUCAAUAAAGUUAGGAGCUGUAAGGGAAAGGUUCUUAAUUGAUUUGUUAAAGUUCUGUUUCGCUCUUCAUCAUGUUAGUGGUGGGGGAAUUUGUGUAAGAGGCUGUCGGGACGGAACCUGCCUGCCCUUCCUGUGGGUCUUUGCUUGCCUGGCCAAACGUUCUCCGCACACCUUAGCGCGGCUGUAA